UUUUAUUUGGAGUACUUAAAAUCUUUUUAAACCCCAAAUCGCAUUAAUUAUAUAACAAUAUUUUGUACAUAAUCUCGUUUAGUUAAAUUAACUGUAGUUUUUGUUUAAUCACACUAGAAUCUUAGUGGAGGCCUAAUCCCUCUAGUAUAUUAAAUUUAGGCCAGUAUUUCGUAAAACAUAAUGUACAUAUAAUAAUAAAAUAAAUUCUGUAACUUAAUUGUUGAAAAACUAAGAAAUGUCUUGGAUUCGAUCAUUUGGAGCUGGUUCCUCACUCUUUAACAAUACCUUCAAGGGUAUCUCGUUUAAUGAUCAGAGGGAGCCCAAUUCUGAAAAUAUCUUUAAAGAUUAUUUUCAAAACUUUAAAGAAUAUAAAAUUAAGAAUCCUGUUAAAACCAAAACUCUGGACUCUAAAUCCAUAAAUGGCUUCAUUUCCGAGAGAUUCCAAUCACUACUGAGUGUAGCACACUGCUCUGAAGAGAAACAAGAAUCUAAGGAGGACCAACAGCAUCCGCAGCCAUCACCUUUCGACCUACUCGUUUACGAGAACUUGGCUCGAGAGUACAAAAAUGUUAUCACCCAGGAUAACUAUGAUGGGUUUAGACUAGAAGCCGAUAGGCAGAUCACUAAAAAUCUCCAAGCUAGUCAUUCCCUUUACUUAGGAACACUCCUAAAGGACGUUGGUUAUAUAUACCAGAUUGGAGCCAACUACGCAAGCGAUGAUGGGAAGAAGUUCCUCAUGUUCAAGGUGGGAUUGGACGGAAAUAUCGCCCUCAAAGCCUUUGCCAAGUUGGGAAAUAGACUAGAGCUUAAGGCAGUCACAAAUUCACGACUCAAAAUUGAUAAUCAAAGCACCUUUGAAGUGGGAGCUGAUUACCUAUCAGACUACUGGACUGCCACAUUAAAGUGUUGUUGGCAAGGAACCUUUAUAUGGAAUAUCUGUUAUACACACCAGAUCCUACCCUGUUUUACAGUUGGGUCUGAAGUAACAUAUAUUGACGCUAAUGGAGCUUCUAUCGGUUCUUUGUCUGCAAGAUAUGUUCGGGGUGAUAACAUUUUUACCUGCCAACUUACCAGACAGCCUGACUUCAAGCACAUGGACUUUUCGAAAAAGGAAAUCAACUGUGCCAGAGUGCAAUACACCAGAAAGGUCAACGACCGCUUAUCAUUGGCUACAGAACUUGAGUUAUCCCCUUCAAUCAAAGAGUCUGCACUUAGAGUGGGCUGGGAAUACCUGUUUAGGCAUGCCAGAGUCCAGGGUAACAUUGACAGUUGUGGUCGGAUUGCCAUGCAAACACAAGAUUACAAUGGGUUUGGCGUUAGUGGAUGCAUUGAUUACUGGAAUAACAUUUACCGUUUUGGCUUCAUGAUGCAUCUUCUACCUCAACCUGAACAGAACCAAGAGAAUCCACAGCCAGCAUAAUGUUGUUACAACUGUA